AUGCCGGGGGCAUUUCACAACGACGUCGGCGCGACGACAGCCUCACCGCCUCUCAUCUUUCGACCUCCCGUAUCCUCGCCCUCGCCGUCGGCUUCUGCCUUUCUCGAGCGCCGCCGGCGCAAACGAGGUCGCCCAGGCACGGCUGCCACUGCCGAUGAUGAUGCGCCCGCCGUCGUGAGCCUCUUUGGCGCCGCCGCCGUGCCGCAGCACACGCCUGUCAAGGCAUACGCCCUCGCCGGCACCCUCGACACGCCAGACCAUGCAGAGGCGGAUGUUUUGGGCGAGAGCAUGUACUCGGACUCCAACUACCGGACGGCUCUUGGGUCGAAGCGCUCCCGCCACGACAACGACGACGACGACGCAUCCAGCGGCGGCGCCCCGACAUCGCUGUUCCGCCACGAGCCGCCCGCAUCAGUACCACAGGGAUGGGGCAGCGUAGCCAUCAGCGCCGUCGGCGGCGUCGUCGGCCGUGUGUGGGAAUUUUGCAAAGCGGGUGCCUUCAAGGGCUUCUACGCGGGCGGCGGCCGGGGCUUCGCUAUGACUUUGACAGGGGCCACGGUGGAGAGACCCGACGACGACGCUCCCCUGCCACCCGCCGACGACUACUCCUGCAACUACCACUUUCACCAUUACGACGACUACGAGCACCGCGUGCCGGGCCACUUUCCCGCCUCGCAGACCGACGACACCUCGUACCAUUUCCGCGCCGUCGUCGACGACGCUGCGCCGCCGACCCCAGCCAACAAGGAGCAACAUCACCGCUACCCCUGCCAACCUGCCAGUCCGUCCCCUAGCAUCCCGGCCGCGAAGCGUCGACAGACGACGCACGCCGACGACCUAGGCCGGAACUGGGUCUUUGUCAACGACGGCGCACACAACAAUAGUCGUAGCAGCAGCAGCAGCCACCGAUCGUCACCCCGAAACCGCAACUACACGCCCUCGGUGACGACGGGCCGCCGCAUCUCGGCCACCCCCAACAGCAGCCGCGCCUCGAUGCCGUCCGCCCCCCGCUUCUCCUACCGCCCGGAGACGCCCUCUGAGCAGCAGCAGCGUCGCCCUCCCUCAUCCGCCUCGUACGCCUCCCCGCGGUCCGCCUCCCCGACCAAGCCCGCCUCGAUCCCCUACACCCACCACCAUCCCUACACCACCGCCAGCACCGCCUCCAUUGCCUCACCCUCCCAGACACACUCCUACUCGGGCUCCCAGUCCCGCGGCAGCGUUGGUGGUGCCGGCCACCGCCGCAGACGCAGCGGUACCGUCGCCAGCACCAGCGCCCAUCGCCGCGCCAACAGUGCCGCGUCGGCCGCGUCGAGCCGCGGCGACUCCGGCGAGUCGCAUUCGCCCCGCAAAAUCGACAGCCCCCGCCUCGACGCCGAGGCCAAGCAGCUCGCCGCCCGCCGCAAGAUGGAGGAACGCGACGCCGAUGUCCGCAUCUCGGCGUUUAACAAGCGUCUGCAAGACAUGAUUCGACAGGGCAAGGAGGCGCUGGGCACCACGGUUGAGAUUGACGAUGCGGCCGGCGACGACUGGGUCGACGAGGAGUAA